UUUUACUCAAGCAGUUCUUUUCCCUAACUUCACUUGAAUAAAAUAUGAUUAUUGUUUUAUUUUUUAAUUUCCUCGUUCAGAACUAAUAUUCCGCUGAGAAAUCAAAGAAAAAAUAUCUCUUAUCAUGAAAAUAAAAGGGGAAUACCAUUGUAAUUUUGAAAAAAAGAUGGCAAUGCAGGCAUUAAUUUAAAGACAAACUUAAUCAUAAAAAAAACCCAAAAACCUCAUCUUUAAAGUACAAGUAUUAUUUGAGGUAAUUUGCAUCAUUAUAUAAAAUAUUUGUUCAUGCUCUUUUUUUAGGGUUUUUGGUCCAUUACCAAUUUAUACUCAAUUCCACUUCUACAACUCCUACAUAAAUCAAGGGUCACAUAAAUCAUUAUUGCAAAUAAAUUUCAAAUCUCAGCCCACAUGUUGAAUGAUUUUAGAAUUUUACACAUCAGCCCAUCAUAAAAUAUCUAUCAAAGGAUGUCCUGAGAUUAGCCACGCUUUUCUGGAUGGUUAUGUAAAAUAGCAACUUCUGGGGAUUAAAUUUUCCCUUUGAAAUCAGUAAACAACUUACUAACAAUCGAAUAAAAUUCAUAACUUUGGCCAUAAAUCAAAGUGAUUAAAUUUUUGUUACAAUUAUUAUUCUGUAGUCAAUAUUGUAUUAAACCUGCCUUUCAAUAAAAGGUCGUGAAAAAUUGAAAAGAACAUCAUUUGGUUAAGGUAUUGAUGAAAGGUUGUUGAUCGUAAGGCGGUAUUGUGUCUAAAUGAGAGGAAAAUGAUAUCGUUUACAUUUUAGAAGCUGAUCAGUGACAUUCUGCAUGCAUAUUGAAGUAUUAUGGAAAAUGUGCAUUUAAUUUAUUUGAAGUUAAAAUGCCAGCAUGAAUACAUUUAAAUUACAUGACUGAUUUUUAAAAUCAAGUGAUCAUACUGCUACAAGAUGUUUGAUAAAUUCUGGACGACUUAUUUUAUUACUUUUAUUCUGUUUGUCUUUAUAAGUAAAAAUGAUGGAUUGAAAAGUGAUUCAGCAAAAUGUUUUGUCAAACUGAACAAUUUCACUUAUGAAAUAAACAUCUUAGAGAAGCAUGGUUCAGCCCAAAAACAAAAACAAAAUAGAAAUAUUGAAGAAUGGAGUUCAAAUGAAAAUGAACAAAAGACUUUGAACUCAAAAACUUAUCAUUCAAGAUAUAAAAGAUCAACAACUGCUGGUGAACCUCAGGUUUUAGAUCUUGAAGUCAGCAGACUUAAGAGAAAAAUUGGCAGACUAGAGAAAAAACUGUCAGAAUCUAUGGAUGACCUUUCAAAAGAAGUAACAAAAGGUUUUAGAAGAAUGGAAGAAAAAAUCAGAGACAUUGGUACACCAAGUCAUACUAAACGUGAAGUCAGAUAUUUAUCAUCUCAAACCCCAUGUCCACAAGACUUUAAACUCAUUGAUGUAGGGAAGCUACAAUCCUGUUAUUUAUUGUCUAAUUUCAAAACAACUUGGUAUGAAGCUAAUGAGUAUUGUACAGCUCUUGGCAGUGACCUUGUUGCAUUGGAAUCAAUCCAGGAACAUUAUGUACUGACGUACAUUAUCAAAAAUCAUCAAGACCACAGUAAGGUAGAAGGAUGGUGGACAAGUGGUAUGUUUGUAUCUAAGACCAAACAGUGGAUGUGGGCUACAGACAUUACUAUAAACAAACCCUUCACAUUCAUCAGAUGGGCUUCAAACCAACCAGAUGAUGAUUCAUCCAACUGUGUGUAUCUCAGACGAGAUGACGACCAACUGUGGAAUGAUGAACUCUGUACUUCAAAGUUUAACUUUGUCUGUGAAACAUGCUUUGGGUGUCACAGACAUAAUGGCUAUUGAGCAAAAGUUUUUUGUUUCAAUUGCUGUUUUCCAAUUUCAUAUGAAACCAUGUGAAAGACAGCAAUAUUUUGAAAGCUCUAUAAGCAGUCAAUAGUCAGAGCUAUUUGAAUUGAAAUUUCACAGACGGAGAAUGAAUUAGAAUAAGAAUUAAUUUAAUGUUGUUAACUUAUUUUCAAUAAACUGUUUAUUUUGUCUU